AUGGUGUUGUGUUGGGGAGUCCCAAGUACAUGUACCUUAGCAAGCCGCAAUAUCGAGGUACAUACACCACCACCACCCCUCGAUAGCAAGCUCCCAUUGCCCCUCCAUCUGGGCUCCGUCCCCUUGUCUCGACGCCAUGUCGUCCAAUCCGCCACUCACGCGCACGCGGUCCCUGCGAAAACCGACGCCAGGAACAGCCACCGACCUGUCGCUGAGGUCCAUCGCCCCAGCAACACCGACAGCCAGCGCGACGACAGCCCGCCGCAACAUGUCCCCGAGUCGUCUGCCUUCCCUGCGGCCCGUCACGCGAAGCACUUCUACGGCGGCAGCGGCAGCGGCAGCGGCAGCAGCAAAAGAGGCGCCUGCCAGGCGGACGCGGCCCGUCUCUGGCACCCUCGUCCGGCCCCCGAGCGUCACCUCGAAAACCCCUACCACCACGAGCACGACCUCCUCCACGAGCAUGACCUCCUCCACGAGCACGAGCACAAGCACGAGCACGAGCACAAGCACGAGCACAAGCACGACAUCGAGGCCACUCGCUGCCACGGCGAACACGACGGCACGACCUCAACAGACAGACGCCAGCAGGCCCCGCUACCCUCCCAAUGCCUCGUCCUCGGCGGCAGCGACCGUCAAGCGGCCGACCUCCUCAGGCGGUCUACCAGCCCACACGAGAACAAGGUCGACGACGACAGCCCCGGCCAGGAGCCAAGGCCACGUCCGCGCCCGAAGUACGGUGACGGCCUCGUCGACACCCUCUCUGCCUGCAGCCUCUACGGUCAAUCGGCCGCCCUCAGCAGGCCCAACAAGCCAUCCCACGCGGCCGCCCUCGGCCCACGCAAGGCUUGCCAGACAGCCCACCACCGCGAGCACGACAGCCACGGCAGCGACAACGGCCAACCCGACGACGAACCCGCCCCGCCUCCUCCAGAAGAAGCCGGCCUUCUCGACCCUCCAGCAGCACUACUCCCCGCAGCGGACGACGGCGCCGAAGCCGGCCACGGCCUCGUACCUCGCGCCGCCCUCGCCCUCGAAGCUCCCCGCCAACCUGGCCCUCACCGCCGAGACGGCCCGCCUGCAGACGACGCUCCUGCAGCUGCACCUGCUGCACCGCGACGCCCCCGCCACGGCAGCCGACUGGCGCGCCUCGGCCCGCGACCGCCUGGCCGCGCGCCACCGCCGCCUCGCCGCGCGCCACGGAACCGCCGCGAACGUCGUUGA